ACACCAUCCACCGUUGUCACGCCCACCUUCCGCAGUUACUUUUUUGUUUCCUUUUCUCGUCUUUCCCCACUUUGCUCGGCUUGUUUGGCAUCUGGAGAGCGUUUUGCUCUAUCCUGUCUUCAAGCUGCUCGAGACUUUCUCGGGACAUGCAUGGCUGACCAAAUGCCACGAUGUCUGUCGUCUCAUGCCUCAUUCCAAUAGGUCCCAAAGCUCGUCGAACUUGCGAUUCCAGCCCCCGCAGGGCUUGGAUACGAGCUUGCUCUCCAGAUCCAGUUCGAUGCCUAAUCCAGAUUCGUCCGCAUACAAUGCCUCUAUCAGAAGACUCGGUCCCCGACGUCCUCGCCCGGCCGUUGCGUCUAUAGCAGACGUGUUUGUCGGCUCCUUGGUGAUGGCAAGCUUUUGUCGCGAGCACUCACCUCGUGGCAGGGGGCUGUCUACAAUGUCCAUGAAUGCUUCUCGAGAACACAUGGCACGAUGGCGAAGGAGGAACGUGGGUAAUAGCAGGCAGCUGUCGUCGAAAAGAUGUCUGGAGUAUCUGGGUUCUACGACAGAGAGUCUGGGGAUGCAAAAUUCGAGGGCACAGCGUAUGUUCAACAGUGGCGCUAUAGCACGCGUGGAAGAAGACGACGAUGAAGACAAUACAAGGGGGAGACCUUGGGGUGAGCCUUCGCUAGAAAGUCAUGGCGAAGACGCGGAAUCGGAUACGACAAAAUACUUGGACACACCAUCACCGUUUCAAUUAUCAACAGCGUUACCCAAUAAUGAGUCAAUGACGGAUAACUCUAUUCUUCUACCUGAUCGGAAUGACACUGCGAGCAGUGUCAUUUCCCAAGGUACUGCUUCUGACGACCGAUCGAAUUCUGCCCCCAAAACACGCACAUACCGGUAUCACGGGAAGAUUAGUCCCACCGCGGAAAAAUACGCAUCAACAUCACAAUUAUAUCGCUCUACACUUGGUAGUAAAUUGAAUUGGAAAGAGGCGGCUGAAGCGGUGGCACAAGAUAUGGGGAUCGGGUCUUCAGUUUCUAGGCCGAAGCAAGUGCGGGAUGCAACAGCAAAUUCCAUUGAUGCUGUUGAUGUCCUAUCGGUGGAAAGAUUUCUUGAGGCGUUGUGGGAUGAAAAGAAAUCAAAUCAAUAUAUUUUUCGACUUUACAGAGAACUCCCUUGCCCGGGAGUAUCGCAUCUAUCAAAACGCUCACGUGGCGCCCUCCUGCGUCGAUUCGCUACCCCUCCAAACCGGCGCUGGGUCGAUGCUCGUCGCUAUCUUGCUUUGGUGGAAGACAUGAUUGCGGCCAAGCUGCCCAUGUCUCGUUCCCUGUGGAGCUCUGCUAUUCACCUUGCCGGUCGCGCAUCAGGAAAAGUGUUCAAGAGAGACCUGGUUAGGGCCAUUGGUAUCUGGCAGCAGAUGGAGCACGUGGCUGGAGUCAAGUCCGAUGACGUGGUUUUCACUAUUCUAUUCGACAUCGCCAUAAAAGCCAGUCAAUUCACGGUUGCUGAUCGUCUGAUCGAUGAGAUGACGAAGCGCGGUAUCGAAUUCAAUCGCGAGGGCAAAGUCUCCAAGAUGUACUACCACGGAAUGCGGCAUGAUGCAGAUGGUGUUCGCCAGACCUACGAUGAAUUUGUGUCUUCAGGGGAAAUUGUGGACACGGUAGUUUUAAACUGCCUUUUAGUGUCUCUUAUUCGAGCUGGAGAAGUUAAGACUGCGGAUCAACUCUAUCAUCGCAUGUUGCAAGCCCAAGCCACUGUGCAGAAAGAGAUAGACUUCUAUGGCGAACAGGUGGCGGAACAUUUACCAAUGCUCUCGUCGGAAUUUAACAUUUACCGCAAAAGAAACAAAAAGUUGGGCAAGGUUCUGAAGAUUUCGGCUGCUCUGAAGGACAAGCUCCCGGAACACCAUCGCACCAUUCAAGAUGCUUUGCCAAUGACCCCUGAUACACGGACGUUCCAUAUCCUUCUCUCCUUCCACGCUCAUCAAUCCGGAAAUCUGAACGGUUUCAUGUCAGUGCUCGGAGACAUGGAAAACGCCUUUGCGAUUCCCCCUCGCGGCAUGAUAUAUCUGCUACUUUUUGAAGGCUUCGCUUACCACGGCGGGAGAAAAAAGUAUUGGUCCGCUGACAGGCUUCGAGAAGCAUGGAAAACAUAUCUCCGUGCUCUCUACGAGUCUAGGAACAGACUAUACCAUGAAUCUCGGAAUAGACCAAGCGACCGGUUUUCAUUGCGACGAGAACCACUUGUUUGGGAAAAUCCGCUUAUAAGUGGUACCGCAUCGCGUGUGGGAAAACCGGCACUUCCGAGUGAUAUGCCAAGUGGGCUCUAUACACCAUUACCCUUAGGCAAGCCUGCUGCAAAGGAUGAGGCGGACAAAGAUCAGGACGAGCAUAUAGAAAAGAAGGGAGAAACCAACAGUGAAGAAGCCGAAUGCAGCACAAAUGGGGAGAUGGUAGAGUCUCAUGAUGACAUUGACGUGGACGAGCUGUUCAACGACAGAUUGCGAAACCAACAGACCCCGCAGGACGAGCUGGAGGAAAUGGAGCGCCAAAUCGAAAACGGCGUUUUUCUCGGUCGUCGGAUGAUUAUCAUCAUUCUCCGUGCAUUUGGCGCUUGCUGCGGGCCCAAAGAGGUCAUGGAAGUUUGGUUGCAAAUUGAGCGUAUCUGGCAGCCAUGGAAGCGCAAGGCAUUGGAUGUCCUCGCCAUCAAGGAGGAACUGGAGAAACAAAUGAAUAGAUCCAGGGGAUAUCGCUGAGACGAGUGGGGAUAAUCUUUGGUGUGUGUACAUUAUAGACCUGUAUAUAUAUACCCUGCGGUGGGCAUCGACUGUCAUUAUUAUUUACAUUGUAAUUGUACCUCGAUUGUCAAGAUACUAUACUCUAGCACGUCCCUAUUCUGUAUAUCAUCCCCGAUA